ACUGGAAAUUUUCAGUAUAAUCGUAUCAGUUACGUGUAUAUGACCUCGUACUAUUGUGUUUGUGAAGUGGAGAGACACAUGAAAUGUGGAUUAUGGACUUUGUGGGAGACUUGUGUGAGUUAAACUUUUUUUAGCAGUUGUUAAUACGUAUUAUUAAUGUGAUAUAGUGGUCUACCAUGUUGGUAGUAGGACGUUUAACAAAAUAAACCAAACUUAACCAAACUACCACGCUGUGUCUUAAUCAACUAUGGAAAUUACGACCAUUUCAAACAUUCUACAGAGGAGGACUUUAUUUUGUUCAGCAAGGAAACUCAGACUUAAAAGCAAAACAGCAGUGUACGUACAUAUUCUCUUUACCUUGCUCUUACACUACACUACCACGAAUGUAUUGUGUAAACAACUACGAAAUAAAAUGGUGUGUGUAUUGGAAAGACAUAUAGCCAAAGAAAUGGAAAAAGAGACAUCAGAACAAGUUUUCUUGUUUAUUCUGAAAUUACUGUUAUUUGUAGAUAGCGACAAAGUGCAAAAUGGAAAUAUUAACAUAUAUCAGCUAUUACCUAGCCAUUUAACUGUAAGAAAGAAGUGGAGUUUGAAUGCUCAUAUCGCGUAUGACAGGAACCUUUUAGCAUAUUUGCAAGGAAGAGAACGAAGAACUAAACAAUUGCCCUUUCCAAAUAGGACAAUUGAGAAAUUCAUUCCAAGACGGAAAAUGUAUAAGAAUAUAUGUUUGAGUAAAGAAUCGGAUAUUGUGAAUGGGAAGCAAAUCACUUCAUUACUGUGUGUUUUGUCAUUAUCGACAACUACAGAGGAUCUCAUUAGAGAAAUGUGUAUCGGUCAUAUCUACAUAGACUUUGAUUCCACUGGGCAGUCUUACCCUCGCCUUUCUGCCUUACACAGAUAUGAAACACAAAUCCGCACAACAUUAAAGUGUCCACGUAUUGGUACAGACACCCGUGAGAAUUGUAAACACAAUUUUAAGGAAGUGAGAGAGAAAUGUCUGAAACAUGACAGGACGCUCUAUCAGACAAGGUAUCUGUCUAAAGUCAGUCAGACAGAGAUAUUAUCUAAAACCAUUACCGAAAUAUAUCGGAAAGAAAACUUUUCUGUAAUGCCACAAAAGAAAUGGAGCUAUCAAUGGGAUAUUAAAAUAUUUCAAGACAUUCAGAUUUACCCUGUUCAGCAAUAUUCGUUAGAACAGGCAUUUACCUUAUUUGGUGAAGGACGAAGUACAUUCACAAAUCCAGAAGUUUUCUUUUCAAACUACCUCAUGAGACUAUCAUCGUAUCGCCAAUUCCAAAGUGAACGGGCUCCCAGUGCAAUCAAACUUAGCAAGGCUGGCUUUUAUUCUACAGGGAAUAAAGAUGAAACUGCUUGCUUUCAUUGUGGAUGUAGAUAUUCCAGUUGGUGUUUGAGUGAAGAUCCAAUUGAAAUACACAGAGAAAUUUCUCCCAGAUGCGAAUUCAUUCAGGAGAUACAUUCAAGCGAAAGUUGCGAUCGAAAAACACCGUUGCCUUCUGUUACAAAAGGUACGCAAUGUUCUGAUGAUAAAGACACAUCAUCUUGUCAGCAUCUGACCGGAGAUUCAUUGGUUGUAUAUGGAAAUGAACAAAACCAUUUCAGAGACAACAACGCUCUAAGUCACGAUGAUAGUAGUCCGACUGAUAGAAGGACAAGUCUUUCUGUGGCCAACUCAACAGGAGAUUUCAAACAGACGAAUGACGUCUUCAAUUACCAUAACGGUUAUCGGCAGACAUGCCAAGUAGAAACGAAACCAAACACUUCGUUUUGCAAUGUAUUUGAAAGUAUUUCUGUGGACAAUACUCCUUCUACUGGAUCUUUAGCUGUUCCAUCAAAAACAAAUCCUACCUUACCAUCUACAAACUGUAGUACAGAACUGACACUCUUGAAUGGCAACUCGGACUGGCCCGUGAAGGAAAAAGAUAGAGACACAAGCAGUACGACAUUUGAACAUGGACCUAGUAAACAUCCAAAAGAUAGUGAUACAUACGAUACAACAUCUGUUAAUGGACCUAAGAAACAACCAAACGAAAACAAACUGAAAUUCGUGCAUCCAUUGUUUCCAAAGUACCAAUCCUUGCUAGUGAGAAUGUCUUCUUUUGCAAAAUGGCCGACAAAUCUUACACAGACUGCAAAGCAAAUGGCUGUCGCAGGAUUCUUUUAUAAAGGAUAUGGCGAUGCUGUGGUCUGUUUUUGGUGUGGAGUAAACAUCGUCAGCUGGGAGGAUGAGGAUGAGCCGUGCUUAGAACAUGUGAAAUGGCAACCACUAUGUCCAUUUAUAAUACAGACCAAAGGACAAGACUUCGUCAACCUCGUACAGGAAGAGCAAAGACGAUCAUUCAAAGAGAACGGAGAUAUCAAUGAUUAUAACGUGGCCGAACAAACUCUCACAAGAAACGAUACCACCAAAAUGAGAAAUUACGACAAACUGAAAGAAAUGGGUUUUGAACAGGAAAAGAUUCACCAUGCGGCUCAAAAGAUAUCAAGACAUAUUGGAAAUCCAACAGAUGAAGACAUUUUGGAGCAGCUGUUGAACGACGGAACACAAGGAGAAACAAAUGAGACUUUACCGAACGCGGAAGUCCCACGGGAUCAGGUUCUUAUGUAUCCUACCACCAGGUAUAAUUACCCUGCCACUGUCGACAACGAAGAUGAAGAGGAUCACCUAAGGAGACUUGAACGCUUGAUGUGUAAGAUCUGUAUGACACAAGAGGUAAACGUCACCUUCCUGCCUUGUGGACAUCUCGUAUGUUGCACAGAUUGUUCAAAAAUGGUGUCAAAAUGCCCCGUAUGUCGCGCGCGGAUCGAAAACAGAAUCAAAAGCUUUAUAUCAUAAUUGGUAUCACGGUACACUUCUUUAUUGACAUUCAAAAACAAAUACCUAUCUUCUACCGAGUAUCUUCCUCUUAUGCAUAAAAGAAAAUAUAAAGGACAUGUAUUGUUUGCAAUAAUCUUACAAACAUGACCUUACGUGAAAUUUGCUUGUUGAUGCUAAGCCGUAUACAGGUAGCCUGGACAGACUGCUUAAACUUAAUCCAUGUCGCCUGUCAUCGAAGGACUGUGACGGCGGAUUCGUCGAGCGGAUCCGUCGUGGACCCCGCAGCGAACUCGCCGCAAACCCGCCGUGAAUUCGCUGCUAGCACCCAGCGAACACCCUGCGAACAUCCCGCGGCUUUGAGCGACAGGGCUUAAACUUUUCCGCUCCCGCAGGAAUUGAGUACAAAAUCCCC